UAAAUUUUACCUCGUCGUAGUAUAUCGAUCGCUUGAACGGAGAUUCAACUUUAACCUUAUAAGCCCCACCUCUUGACGUCACUCUAAUGCGCUGUACACAACGCGGUUGGCAGUUGAUUCAUUCAAGAAGAUGUUUGUGUUGGCGUUUUAACUAUUUUAUGAAGUUUUGAACUAUUUAUACCAGUGAUUUAUUUUGAAGAGGAGGAAUUACAUUCACACAUAAACCAGAUAAGUUACAUUUAUCGACAAAGAGUUUUCUGACAUUAAAAUUCCGCUGACGUCCAUUGUCAGCUGGCUGAUUUGCAUGUCAGACGAAACAUGGGCGAAAAAGUGAUCCAUGGUAUAGAAAAGAUUGACUUAAAUGGAAAAGAAAAACCCAAAAUAAUCAUCAUUGGUGCUGGGAUAUCAGGAAUAGCAACAGCUGAUACAUUAACCAGGGCAGGAUUCACAGAUUUCAAGAUUUUAGAAGCGUCGGGGCGAACAGGGGGACGAAUAUGGACAGUGGAUGUUGAUGAAGGUGAAAAAGUGGAUCUUGGGGCCCAUUGGAUUCAUGGCAUUGAAAGAAAUCCCAUCUUCAAAAUUGCAGAUGACAACAAUCUUCUCAAGCUUCGCCAUGGGGACAAAGGACUACGACACCGCAAUUGUUUCGUAACAGAGGAGGGCAAAGAGGUCAAUGAGAAGGUGAUUAACGCUGUAAAUCUGGUUUACGGACAGUUAAUCAUCCAGGCCGAAGAUUUCUAUCAGAGCAACAUCCCAACAGAGGAAGAGAAUGACAGUGUUGGAGCCUUCCUUGAGCGAGAGUUUUCUGAGAGACUAGAGAGAUAUACCAACGGAGACCGUCAUAUACGAGAGUUGGUGUUUAAUCAAAGAAAAUUACUCGAGUGUUGUAUAUCAGGCUGUGAUAGACUGGAAGAUGUCUCGCUCAGCGAGUUUGGUGGUUACGAAGAGCUGCCAGGAGUUCACUAUUCUAUACCGCCCGGGUUUGAGGCUGUGCUAGAAAUCCUUAAAAGUUCAAUUCCCAAAGACAACAUUUUGCUCAAUCAUCCUGUAAAGUGUGUCCACUGGAGCCGGAAGAAUUGUAACGAAAAAGAUUACAAUGUGAUGGUGGAAUGUGAGAAUGGGGAAAUGUUCUAUGCAAAUCAUGUGAUUGUAACGGUAUCACUAGGUGUGUUGAAGGCUGCGUACGACCGCAUGUUCGACCCUCCGUUACCUGAAGAAAAAGUAGGGGCUAUAGACCGCCUAGGUUUUGGAAUUGUAGACAAAGUGAUCAUAAAAUUUGACAAACCAGUGACUGAGUCUGAUGUGUUCCGCAUUGAAUUGCUCUGGGAUGAUGAGAACAUCAAAUGCAAUGAUUUGAGGCACACAUGGUACCGCAAAAUUUAUUCCUUUGAAGUUUUACAUGAAGGAGUUUUAGUGGGCUGGCUGAGUGGUAAGGAGGCCCUAUACAUGGAAUCUCUGACAGAGGACCAGAUUGCCGAAGACUUGGUGGAGGUCCUCAAAAAAUUUCUUCAGAAGGACGACAUUCCCACUCCCAAGAAAAUUAUCAGGACAAGGUGGGGAAACAACAGCAACACAAGAGGGUCCUACAGCUUCAUCAAGGUGGGAGCCAGCAUGACUGAUAUUGACCUCCUGGCUGAACCACUGACAGACAUGGAGACAGAAAAGCCUCAAGUAUUGUUUGGAGGGGAAGCAACCCAUGAGUGUCACUACUCCACCACACAUGGGGCACUUUUGUCUGGGAUGAGGGAGGCCAAUCGGAUCAUUAAACUGUACUCGGACUAAGCACCAUGGUGUUUUGAAUUCCUUCCAGUCUUGCACUGAAUCGCCAGGACUAAUUAAUGAUAUUGCUUAAAACCAACUGUUAGUUACAAUUUUAAGCAUUUCCCUCCUAGUCUAUCACAGUUUUUUUUUACUGGCACCAUAAAAUGGACUGAGAAUGACUAAUAUUAUUAAAAUUCAAAGAAGUACUAGGUCAUGUCAUUUAAUUGUGAGAUAGUACAAGAUUGUAUAUUGCAUUUUUUCUUAUUUGUUUUUGCAUUAAGUGAAUAGCACAUCAUGAUCUCAGCUAAGUUGAAGGAUCGGGAAUUCACAGUGCACAAACUUGUUCUUGCCGGUGACAGCAAAGAGAGCUUGGGUUUGGAAAGGCUUUCUCUUCUUCACUGCCAAAAUUUAAAAAGAAAAUCUAUACCUCACCCUUUUAUUUUUAAACAUAAAACCAUAAAUUUAGGACUUGUGGUCACUGGAUAUUUGAGGAAAAUUGUGGUGCUCCUAGACAAACCUCAUUCAGAUAUAUAGGAUGGUAGAGGAGUUUUUUUUUUAAUUAUUCCUUUAUUAGUAUUCUGAUAUUUUGCUUUGCUGCACCAUUGGAUUUUUAUUUUGCUACCAGAUUGAUUUGCUUGAAGCUUUUUGGAUGUAUUUCAUUCAGGAAAUCAAAUGUAUUUUUGUGUUGAACUUAUUAUUAAUGCACCUCUUAUAAAUUCUACCUCCUUGUGAUGUGAAGGGAAUCAAGCCAUUGAUCUGUACCAUAUAGACGUUUAUUUAUUGUUAGUUUAAACGCAUAGCAAGCCUGGUCAGUACUGGACAAUUGCAGUGGAUCAGAUCACCAUAGUGAAUUUCUGUUAUCACUAGACAUCAUCAUCAGAUCUGUGUGGUAGAGGGGAUACAGAAUAGAAGAGAAUGGGGAUUAUGUCAGAAGAAGGGGGGUGGGGGUUUGUGUGAGUCGAGUGAAUGUGGGGGGAAUGUGUGAUAAGAAAUGAAAGCUAUGUGAACAAGAUAUAUAUUUUAUGGUCCUCUAUUUUUAUUUGUGGAAUCUAUGUACAUGUAUCAUUUUUGUGUAAUUCUGAUUUUGGAAGAAACUGAGCAAUUAUUACUUUGGUGUAUAUGUUUAAAUGUCAUUGAUUAAUUUAUUGAUGAAAUUAUACCUCGAAUGUGUUAGAAAUUUUAUCGAUAAGACAAUUUAUGCAUUGAGAUAUUGUUGAUUUGUCUCCAAAUUUUAUUAAAAAGAGUAUAUUGUAUUGUAUUGUGGUGCAUAGACAACAAUUAUCUUCCAUGAUGUAAACCCUAUUUAUUCAGAGAAUAAUGAUGGUAAAAAUGACUAUGAAUAAGACUCAAAAUUGGGUGAUGGAAGUCUGGACAAAACAGCAAAGAAUAGGCCUCUCUUUGUCAAACUUAAUGUGAAAUAUGUUGAGAUUUUAUUGUGAGAGUAGCAGAUUAUGUGACAUUUAAGUGUAUCUGGUUCAUGACUGCCGUUAUAGCAGUUAUGGUCAUGUUUAUGUACUCAAUAAAUAUAUAAAUCACAGA